ACGUGGCAAAUACCCAUCAAUGAACAUUCAAAGUUAGCUUUAGGGUAAUCCAUAAUGUGCAACUCAACUGUCUUAUAAUAUAGUGUGUCAUUCCAAAGUAGAAAAUGUCACAUCUCACUCAUUCAUCUCUUCACUAACUCCCACCCAAAGAAUCUUCCUCGAACAAUCCUUGCCUAGAAUUUUGUCCAUUGAUGGAGCAGUUUAGAUCCAAUUCAUACAAGGAUGGUGGAGAAAUGCAGAUGAAGAGUUACUAUGGAGGAGGGCCAAGUAACAUGCAAGGCAUGAGGUGUUACAGUGAAAAUUCCGUUCAACAAAACCAGCUUGGCAAGGAGAUUAAGAUGAAGAAAAGCAAAAGCUCUCGAGGGUCUGCUUCAAAGAGCUGGAGUUUUACUGAUCCUGAGCUGCAGAGGAAGAAAAGGGUUGCCAGCUACAAGGUUUAUGCUGUUGAAGGCAAGAUGAAAGGGUCUUUCAGGAAAAGUUUCAGGUGGAUCAAGGACACUGCAACCCAAGUUGUCUAUGGCUGGAGGUGAUCCAUCAUCAAUGCCCAUGGCUCAUCUCUUUGUUUUGUUUGAGGUUUGUGCUUUUACUAUGUUGGUGAAUGAUGGAUGAAAAACUUGAGAUUAGGGGCGAAGUUCCCCUUUUAUUUAAGAAUCUUGAAUCUGAAAUCUUCAUAAACUAUGGAAUGUGAAAAUUGAUGUUUCUUGGAUGAGUUUCUACAUUAAGCUCAAUAAACUUUUUUCUUAAUGAAAAUGCUAUUGAUUUC